AUGUUUUCUCACGCUCUGAUCUUCUUGGUCACCCUUUCCCUCGCAUUCACCUCUAUCCUCACACACCUCUUCUCUUCUAUCCGAGCUAUCACUACUUCUUCUAUCCGCCUUAUCACGAUGCCUUCCCUAGCUACCCUCGUCGCGCCCCUCUACUCUUCUUCCGCCGUCAUCAUCACCCCUCUUCUUACCGGUAUUUUCAUUGCUUUCGGGCGCGUCCUAGGAUGGCCUUCUAUUUCCGAAUUCAUUCCUUUUGUGCUGGGACUUGCCACGUACCUUUUCAAGGUUCACCCAGUACUCGGGUUUGUUUGCGUUACCUUCUUUUCUCUCCUUGCGGUCAUGGUUCUAGGUCUAUCCGACGAGGCCGACGUCUCUACGUGGUUGGUGAUCCCCUGGCUCAUCAUGCAGGCUGGCCUGUGGAUGUAUACAUCCUAUGGUUGGUAUGCUUGGUGGGCCGCGUCCGUCGCUAUCGCCAUCAAGAACUACGGCAUGUCGCCUCCUGUCUGGUGUAUCCCACAGAUCCUUGUUUGUCUGUGGCUCAAGCUACUGUGGUCUGAUCUCAACGAGGAACACAUUCGUCUAUUUGGCUAUCGCCAUUGUCCCGAUUGUGUGACAUACCUUUACAAUGAGCUUCAGAAGCUUGAGUGGAGUCUUGACACCCGCGAACUUAUGAGUUGGGGAGACUGGUCUGUGGCUCUUGUUCGUCGAGUCACAGGGCAGUUCACUACUCGCCCCCUCACUCCCGCCCGCCCUGUCUCUCCUGCCAGUUCUCUCUCUCCCGCUCUCCCUCAGCCAAUCCCGCUGUCGAAUCCCGAUGGUCCCAUGGUUACUUGUGAGCAGGUCACCACUCUUAAGGCUGCCGAACCUGAAGCCUUCUCCAACACGCAGAGAGUGUACCGCCCACACCGACUUGUGAGUAACCAGCAGAAGGGUAAACAGCAACAUGAAAGGCCCUUGAUCGAAUUCCCGCCAAGUACUUUUCGUACCUUUAGGCCUCUUUCUACUGCUCGACCCCUUUCCACCGCUCGACCUCUCUCUGCCCUUACGCCUCGUCCUGCCACCAACCCUUUUGUCAAGCGUACCUCAUGGUCGGAUCACUUCACUCUUCCCCUCAAGUAUCAAAGGCAGCGGGAACGGCAGCGGGAACGGGAACUUGAGAUGAUCCGUCUCGAGCGCGAAAGUCUCGAACAGGCUAACAGGAUGAGUCAUCCUACACCCUCGGGCAACAUAGGUUUCUUUGCGCCCACUUUCCUCAACGGUGCCCCUAUCUUCGGUGCGCUGGCCGUAUCUGCUCCUGUGCCGGUUCCUGAGAUUCAGCUACCCCCCCAGCCAACUUACCAGCAGGUGUUCCACCAGCCGGAAUGGGUGCCCGAGUCUCAGCCGCCCCAGCUUGCGUCAGUGGUUGUGUAUCCAGCCAACAAUGUCAACAUCAACACCCCUUGUGAACCAGCUGUUCCUGCGCUGGGCCAAGCCGUUUACACUGCCAACCACAUCGCUACGCCUUUCCAUGUCCCGCCCCAAGAGCCAGCGCCAAUUGUACCAGUACCCAUGGACGUGGACAGCCCGGAGCAGGAGGAAGACCCGGCACCAGAACCUAUGGAGGUCGAGGAGGAAGAAAAGCCUGGCUUGAUGUCGGCACAGGAGAUGGAGGACGAGCUUGUUGAACAUUUCAACAACCUGGCCAGCACCAGCGACAACACCAAUGUUGGCCAGAGCGACAAGCCGGACGACGAGCCAGGCUACGAGAGCCUGGACGAUCGUAUGGGUGCCUCGCCAUUCAACGACUGCAAGAUCAGGAAGGAUCAAACCCCUGCCAAGUCUCAGUCGCAGCCCAUACAGCCUCCAUCGACAUCGACAUCGCAAAGCAAAAGCCUUGGUGGUGGGCUGCAGGCAAGCAUGUACAAUGUCAACAACCUUGCUUCCGCAGCGCAGACGCCAUCGUCCCAGGCUCUGCCAUCAGCACUGCAGCCGAAGCCGACAGUCAAUCAGUCACCAUUGACCAAGGCGUUCGCUCAGCUCUCAUUCCCGCAGAUGCCACUACCUCAGGCUCAGGCUCAGCCGACAAUCGCCCAUUCGACAUCCGCCCCGCCAAUGUCUCUGUUCUCAGUCCCGCAGAUGCAACUACCCCAGGUCCCGCCCUCCACGCCUCAGCCGAAGCAGACAGUCCAGCAGAUGCCGCUGCCCCAGGCUCUGCCCCAGACGCUUCAGCCUCAGCCGACAACCCCUCAGGUGACCUGGCCCCAAACUGCGCCCUCGACAUCGCAGCCUCAGCAGACGACGACGCCCAAGGCCCUGCCCCCCCUGAAGCCCGAGCAGACAACCCAGCAGAAGCCAUCGACCCAGGCUCCGCCCCAGACGCCCAAGCUUCAGCCGACAACGUCGCAACUGCCCCUGCCCGAGACUAUGCCAUCGACGCCUACGCCUAAGCCUAAGCAGACAACCGCGCAGGAGCCAUCGUCCCAGGCACUGCCCCCGAUGCUAAAGGCCCAACAGGCAAUGGCAUCAUCAAGGCGGAUUGCCACGCCAAAAUCGCGAAUGGCGCUGAUUAACCAACGCCAGGCCGAGAAGCCAUCUUCUUCGACGACGGCGGCCCAAGAGCCUGCUAAGAAGUCCCGCCCCCAGGCCCGAAAAGCCCCUCGUCUUCCGGGAAAAUCCAAGCCAGAGAAUGCCACGUCGGUCCUUUACACCGAGCCCGUUGACCCUAAGGGCAAAGGUCCUGCAGUUGACCCUAAGGGCAAAGGUCCUGCAGCUAAGCCCGCGGCAUCGCAACCGGAAAUCGUCGAUGAGGAAGAGGACUUUGAAGACAAGGUCUGUGAGUUUAUGGAUAGUGGCAUGGGCCAUGAACAGGCCCAUAUCAUGGCAGAGCACUAUUUCAACCAGCGAAGACUAAACCGUCGUUGA